AUGGACGCAGGCACGGAGGACCGUACCAAUCAAUCGCAACCCCGACGAACGCCAGCCCAACCUCAAACAAUCCAGGUGUAUUCUGAAACGGUCAAGGUUCACAACUUUGUCGAGACGACAGACAGGGACCCGACAUAUGAAACGAAACAGCUUUCACCCCCGACUCCCCCAACCAAUAAGGUCACCCACAAAAUCCAUCGCUGCGGCUCGUCAGCAGAUAUAUUUCCAAGUCAUGAUCAACAAGAUUCUGAUUUUUUUGCCCUGUCCGAGCUCGUCGAUCUCCUCCCCCCGUCCUUGUCGUGGCUGAUCUUCUUCACCCCUUUCCCUAAGGCUUCUUUGACACACCUUGGCGCAUACCAUCUCUGGACUCCGACAAGGCUAGCCCAACUGCCGUGUCUCAUGGAACACCUUGUGUCGCAGCUGUCUUCUCCAUGGCGGCUGGAGGAGCUACAUAUCCUCGCGGAGGUCUCGGCAGUCAUCGCAGCUUAG